AAUGAUGAAGCUAUCCGGAAAUUUGCAGAUGGCGUAGGCGGCGAAUUUUCCCAGCAUACAUUGCGCGCUCACACACGUUUCGGUCGUUUCGGUCCUUUCCCUUCGCAAGCGCCGGCAAGAUGCCUUCUGUCGGAGUCAAAGACGUUGACCAGCAGGCGUUUGUGCGGGCUUUGUCUGCCUUCCUCAAAAAGUCCGGCAAGCUGAAGGUUCCCGACUGGGUUGAUGUAGUGAAGACCGCCAUCUACAAGGAGCUGGCCCCUUAUGACGAGGACUGGUUCUACACACGAUGCGCAUCUGUGGCACGGCACCUGUACAUGCGGUCUCCAUCUGGUGUCAAGUCCAUGCGGAAGAUCUAUGGUGGCCGGUACCGCCGGGGUGUUCGCCCAUCUCACUUCUGCCCCUCUGCCAGUGUGGCGCGCAAGGCCCUCCAGGCCCUGGAACAGCUGAAGCUGGUUGAGCAGGACCCAAGCGGUGGCCGCAAGCUGACCAGUCAAGGCAGGAAAGUGGACCGGAUCGCAGCACAGAUCAAGAUGAAGACAUCUGUAUCUGCCAAAUAGAUGCACCCUUUCAUUAAAAUGUUUUGACCACA